UGCUUUCCGGCAGCGUGAGCUGACCCUUCGCCCAAUUUCCCACAGCGGAGCGCAGGCUCUGCCCAGGUGUGAAUGGGCCUCAGGUGGAGUUCGGGAGUUCUAAUCCCAAUGCGGAAUGAGCCUCUUCGAUCUUUUUCGGGGCUUUUUCGGCUUUUCUGGACCUCGGAGACAUCUAUUCUUACUCCACUUUGCUGCCCAUGAGUUGAUUUUAUGGUUUAACUAGUGAGUGCUGAAAUUUUGGUGGCCAAUCUGCCUCCACCUCAGCCACAGAGAUCCCUUUUUUGGAGGGAUGACUCGAGAUGAAGAUGAGGAUGAUGAGGAAGAAGAGGAAGAAGCCAUGUGGGGCCGUGGGAGUUCGAGGUUUGAGGGUCCACAGCCCCCUGAGGAAUUUGGCUUCGGCUUCGGCUUCAGCCCCGAAGGAGGAAUGCGUUUCCACGGUCACUUCGGCUUUGACGACAUAGUACGGGAUUUUAACAACAUCUUCAGCGAGAUGGGGGCCUGGACCUUGCCCUCCCGCCCUCCUGAACUUCCAGGUCCUGAGGCAGAGACACCUGGUGAGAGACUGCAGGAAGGACAGACGCUCCGGGACUCAAUGCUUAAGUAUCCAGAUAGUCACCAACCCAGGAUCUUUAGAGGAGUUUUGGAGAGUGACACAAGACCUGACUCCCCAAAAUCAGCACCAGGCUGGGGCUCCCAGAGACCUUUGCAUAGGUUUGAUGAUAUGUGGACUGUGACCCCCCAUUCUAGAGCCAAAGAGGACAAGGAUCUAGAUUCCCAGGUUUCCCAGGAGGGCCUUGGCCCAGUUCUGCAGCCCCAGCCCAAAUCCUAUUUCAAGAGCAUCUCUGUGACCAAGAUCACUAGGCCAGAUGGGACAGUAGAGGAGCGCCGGACUGUGGUGGACAGUGAGGGCCGCACAGAGACCACAGUAAUCCGUCAAGAAGCAGACGACAGUCCUAGAGAUGAUCCAGAAUCACCGACACCUCCAGCCCUGGAUGACGCCUUUUCCAUCCUGGAUUUAUUCCUAGGCCGAUGGUUUCGGUCCCGGUAGCCUUGUUAAACCUCAGAGGCCUUCUGGUUCUUCCCACCUCCUACCCCUUUCUCUCCAUCAUUGGGCUUAGCUUCUCCUGCCACCUCAGGGCCUUGGGUGUGUGGAACAGUGAAUUGGUGUAUCAGUAUGUCACUCACCCAAACUCACCAAUAAAACCUUUAUUUAUGCUAA